UAACAUUUAUUUGUAAUAUUUUACAUUUAAUGGUCUACACUGCUAAUUUAAUAAUAAAAAAAUCUCGUAAAAAUGAAUACCUUAUUGUUAUCAGCUCUAGUUUUUUUGGCUUUUGCCAAUGGAGAAGAAAUUAAAAAUUUUGAAAUGUGUCCAGGAACAAGAUGUAAAAUCUCAAGUUUAGAUGUUAAUCCGUGCCCUCAAUCAUUAAAAGGAAAGAUGUGUGAAUUUUCAACCGGAUUGAAUGUGAGUGUGAAUUUUAGCUACAUUACUGAAUUUAGCUCAAUGGUACCUAAAACAAAUUGGUACGCUGUUGUGGGAUCCUUAGAAGUUCCCAAUCCUAAUAUGAAAACAGAUGGUUGUUUGUACACCAGUUGUCCAAUAAAAGCAGGUAUAGAAGGUAAAUAUUACACCGGAGAAAUACCUUUAAUUAAAGCGAUCCCAAAGGGCCAAUAUGUUGGUCAAAUCAAAUUUUGGGAUGGAACGAAAUUUGCAAGUAGAAAAGAUCACUGUUGUUUCCGUCUUACAAUAAAAAUAAAUUAAUAUUGUAAAUAAAAAUGAUUUAAUCAUUAUUUUAAAUAGGUAAAAUAAAAUUUUUUACGAAUAAUCUACAAAAAAGAUUAAAUGCACAAAAAAUGCUGUAUUUAAUUAUUUAUUUUAUUAUUAGAAUAUCCUAAAAUUAAAAAAUGAAUACAAAUUUUAAUUUAAAACUAAAAAUAUUUAGCUCAGAAAGCCAUAAAAAUUGAAGAAAAAUCGCGUAUACUUAUUUUAUAAACAAUGUUAUCAUCAGCGCUAAACACAUACUAAGUAUUUAUUAUUACGAAAUACGUUUACUCGAUUGAUUAGAGUUUUUGUGGCUUAUUGAGCUAAAUAUUUUGUUUUAAAUUUAUAUUUUAAAUAUAUUUUUUCAUUUAAAAUAACAUUUGUGACAAGAAUGUAAAAUGGUAUUAAUUAACAUUUUAUUUUAAUUGUUAUCUUUCGUACUUUUUCUAUUUUAACAGAACCUAUGAAUUUUUUAUUAUUUAAAUUUGUGGCUUUUAACAUAACAGAUUUUUACUUAUAACACUUUAAAUGUCGUAGAAGUAUAUCGAAAUUUAUGUAUAAUGAUAAAUUUUAAUCAAGAGAUUGGAUUGGAAACGAAAACGUA